GUCGUGUGGCUUGUGGCCAGUGUGUUUAGCGGUGGAAGAAGAAGAGAAUAGCAAUCUGCUGCGUUCUGACGAGCUUCUGCUAAGACAUGCGUCCCACAACUAUCCAUUUGAGGAGACCCGAGGCAAUCUGGGAACGCAUCUUGCGAAAGCACUGUUCCAUUAAGCUGCUGGCGUGCCUGCUGUGUGUCUUGCUUCUGAUCCUUGACGUCUUGGUACACGUCAUCUUAUUCAACACGUUGCAAUCGACUCCACGCAAGGUCUUGAAGCUCCCGAAGACACCGGAAGUGGGAAUGAGGGACCCCUUCGGAAUGGCUGUCAUGGAGCUAAAGCGUUGCAGCGCCGUAGCUGAGAAUCAUAGGCAAGAAUGCCAUCCUGAUCCUGGCGUCACCAAUGAUUCCUGCAUAAUGCGUGGCUGCUGUUACGUUGACCAUAAUUCGACUUCUGGAGGACCUUCCUGUUACUACCCCUUAAUUUACGAUGGCUACAGGGUGGAUAAUAUAGCGUACGGUACGGAGAAGAGCGCGGUGCGUGUGGUGCUACGGAGGACGCGGAGUUCUGGGUUUUCUGGCGACGCGCCGCAGGUCAUUGUCGAUGUGAAUUUCCACUCGUCCGCCACAGCCCGUAUCUCCAUUGGGGACGUUGACAAGAGGACGUUUGAAAGCAACGUUCCCGAGGUGCAUUUCGCGAAGGUUUCAGGAUCUGAUAUUUUCGAUGUUCACGUGACGGACAUAGGCGAUUUGGUCGUCUACCGGAAGUCCAACAAAGUGGUUAUCUUCGAGACAGACUUGUCCACUUUGGUGUACACCUCAACGUUCCUGCAGCUACCAGCACGUGUGCCAACUUCGCAUUUCUAUGGACUAGGUGAUAUGAGAGCGCGUCUUGCACGAAGCGGAUUCAAGCAAUACUCUCUUAUCAAUAUGCAUCCUCGGGACGCGGAGGCAGAACAUGUCCAGGAAAACAACUCGAAGGCUGUCUACGGGAGUCACCCAUUUUAUAUGGGUAUAGAACCGGAAGGGCUUGCCUAUGGCAUUUUUUUUCGAACCCGCUCAGUCUUACAGGUACAGUCCACAAGGGCACCCGGAGUGACCGUGCGUACUAUUGGAGGUCCGCUGGAUCUCUUCGUAUUCCUGGGUCCUUCGCCAAGUCACGUGGUCAGCCAGUACCAGGAUAUCGUAGGCCGACCUGCCAUGCCUCCUUUCUGGGCCCUCGGAUUUCAACAGACCGUCAGCGAUAUUUUGGUCGCCGAACUACUUAACGAACAGAUGUGGGCGAACAUGAACAUUGAUGGAGUGUGGUCCGACAAGCAUGCAUUGGAAAAAGGCUGCGAUUUCGUCUUCUUAAAAGCGGUUGAAGAGAGGUUACGCGACGUACCAAGUCGACAUUACGUCGUUCGCAUGGGACCAACUGUGCACACAAACAGCUCUUGCAAAACUGGUGGAGUUUUUAUCCAGCAUGCCCGCUUCUACAAUGCGAUAAUGCUGAAUCAUAGUGGAACGCCCGUUGAAAUUCUUAUGCCCGACAACACGACCAGGUUCCUGCUAGAUUACAGAAGCAGAGGUAUAAGGAGUUUCCUUGGAAGGGUUUUCGAGCAUCGCGCGUCGGCGACAAGUAGUAUCAGCGGAGUUUGGUUGGAUGACAACGAAGUAGUAAUGCCGACAAUUGAGCAUCCAUCUUGCAAAGCAAGCGCCGUCGAUACAGUCAACUUCCUCCUGUGGAAUGAGAAGUACCUCAAUGAAGGACCGAGAGCCUGCGAGCCGCCGAUGCAUGUCCUGGGGCCACAAUACCGGCCACACAACGCUUUUGCGUACCAUCAGGCAGCUACGCUUCACGAGUUCCUGGCCGCAUCGCAAAGACGGAGGCCGUUGGUUGUGUCUAAAUCCACAUAUUCGGGUAUCGGCAAGUUCGCGGGGCACAACUUUGCAGACUUGGAGCCGACGUGGAAAAAUCUGAGGCUGACGAUUCCAAUGAUGCUCACCAUGAGCCUGCUUGGUGUCCCUUUAUCCGGAGCUGAUGCCUGCGGAAGAUUCCAAGAAAAUGUGCCCCUUGACGAACUGUGCUCCAGGUGGUAUUCCCUCGCCGCCUUUUACCCCUUGUUUCACGCAAGAAGCGUGUCAGGUCUGAAACAUGAUCACUCCGUGUUUUCCGUCGACGUGGCCAAGGACGCCAGUGCUUCUGCACGGAUUCGUCGAACUCUCCUGCCCUAUUUGUACUACUUAUUUUACAAGAGUCAUGUUGCCGGAGAGACUGUUGCGAGACCCAUGUUUUUGGAGUUUCCGUUGCUGAACGAGGUGCGUGAGAAUGACCAGCAGUUCAUGUGGGGAUCAGCCGUGAUGAUUCUUCCCGUGCUGUAUUCACGCGCCAUCCAGUACCAGGCUUUUGUGCCUUCGGGCUUGUGGUACGACUACUACACGCACAAGGUUAUAAAUGGCAGCGACGGCUACAGAGUGUUCUCAGCACUGUCGCAUCCCAUCAACGUGCUGCUUCGAGGAGGUCACGUGAUUCCUAUUACGCCUCAUCCAAACAUUAGGUUGAGCAAUGGCAUGAAAUACCUCGGUGUCUUUGUUCUGCUGGAUGGGAAGAUGAAAGCUCGAGGCGAAAUAUUCUGUGACGGCCUGACGACUGUGGAUUCUGUUCAAAGUGGUCGCUACAGCCUCAUUCAAAUCCUGUUUAUUCAAGAAUCAAUCGUGAUCAACCCUGUUUUCUGGGGCUACGACUGCUCCGCAUUGGAUGAAAUAAUCAUCCUAGGGUUGCCCGAGCCUCCUUCGAGGAUCGUCAUCGCUAAGCGCCAGAUGAACUUCCGUGUUCAAAAUACGACUGUUGAAGUGCCAGGUCUUAACCUGCACCUGAAUACCACGACGGUCAUAUCUUUACACUGGUAUUCCAUGGAAGAUGUGCAUGGUGUGCAGCAACAGUCCCACGAAAAAGCGACUCAUCGACAAAGCGACGUUUCGAAGAACACGGACGCACUUAAUAAACUGAAAUAAAACACCAAAAUAUGGAACACUGUCAAGUC